GCUAUCCUCUGUGAGUAGCUGUCCUCCCCACCACAAUUAAUCAGAGGGUUGGUUCUCAAUCCUUGAUAUGUUGCUGGAAUCCCUUUGGAUUCGCUAAAAGGAGGAUUUCAAGGGUUUUCCAGAGUUUCCGACAUUUGAUUAAGGCGAUCGGUGGAUUUGAACUUGAUUUCGAUUGUUUCACAGUACCACCAUGUAUGGGUAAUCGAGGAUUUUAGGGAGGAGAGAUUUGAGCCUCAAGGAGGAAGAUAACCAGUUGGUAUUUCAUGGUAGUAGAAUCUUCAGCAAUUUCUAGGGGAAGAGAGGAGUAGCAUAGUCUAUAGAAGGUGACGAGGGAAAAAGAUAUGGUAUCUGUUAAGGGUAAUGGUGGCGGAUGCGACUAACUCCGAAGACCCCAUAUAUAUGGAUAUGGACUCCGAAGAGAGUGGAAUUGUUGGUCCUAGGAAUGGACUUCAAGGUUUUACAUCAGACAAUGCGGAAGGAAGUAAUGUGGUAUUUUCAAGAGACGGACCCCUUGUUAGGAAAGAGUCCAGAAUGUCUACUACCUGUUGUUGCAGUACCAAGAAACUCAAAUCUCGAGUUGCCAUGAUGGAUUCCAACCCGGACAAGAAAGAGAAACCUUGGCAGGAGAAAAAGCUAAGUAGACACGACAGGAUUGAAUUGGGCCGCUUGUUUCAGAGUGCUGUGAGUUCCCAUGAUUGGGAACUUGCAGAGAGUUUGAUCCUGUUAGCCGAUCCACAAACUCUGAAUGAUGCCUUGUGCACUACACUGGAUUCAAUUUGGUUUUUGACCACACAACAAGAGCUCUAUGGGAUAACAGGCUUGAUUAAGAAAAUCAUUGUCAACGGUGCAUAUGAUUUUACAAGAGCUGCCCUGAGGACUUCAUUUCUUGCUUCAUGUGUCUCUGCUUGUCAGAACCGAACAAUGAGUCUUGCAGAUACAGUCACUUUAAUGGCCCAAAGAUUGCACGAGCGUCUCCAGGAAUGCAAUGGAGAUGAGGUCUUAAAGGCAGAGGCCGGUGCUAAGGUUCAAAAGUUUACCGAAUGGGCUCUGAAAUGUAUAGGUUUCCAUUCUCGUUGUCAGGGUAAUAAAGAUAGAGUUAAUAACAGCUCAGGUGUUGAAAUUCAACUCCAGUUAUCUGCAUUUAAGAUAUUUCUAGAUAUUGCUGGUAACCAGCUAUCUGGGAAAGACUUCACGGAGGCCUUUGAUGCUGCUUGCUUUCCCCUAACUCUCUUCUCUACUUCAUUCUACCCUGGCUGGGCAUCUGGGAUAUCAGCUACUGCAAUUCAAGGUCUUCUGGGUAUGCUGGUAGAAGGGGGUGCAGACAAUGUUAAUCAGUGUUUCCUUGAAGCCUCUCGUUUUGGGAGUACAGAACUUGUGCGCAUCUUAUUGCAGAUCGCUCAACGGAACAGUUUGGAUGUUGAUGUUGACCUAGCAUUGGGUUUUGCAUCCCACUACUGCAAGAUUGGUACCAUGGAAUGUCUUGUGGAAGAGGGUAAUGCCAUAGCCUUCUUGGGCCCUCUGAUGAGAGCUGCAGAGAGGGGCUGUAUACAGGUAGUUGAGUGGUUUGUUAAAAGAGGUUGCCGAGACAUGGAGCUGUGCCUUGCUCUGACAGCUGCGACAUCUAGCAGCCAAGUUGAAGUUGCUGCGUAUCUCCUUCCUCAUGUUCCCCAGCAUGUUCUUGCAACACUAAGCAUUGAGAUUCUGAAGGCUGCUGGUGAACGAAGUGGUGGGUCUCUUGAUGGUGUUGCAUUUCUUCUCCGUUCUGACUUCUUAGGAGACCCUGCAGCUACUUAUGCUGUUGCCGACAAUAUUGCCCGGUCCGAUGAAGAGGGUGUAGCUCAUGAGCUAAGGGCUUUUCUUAGAGAGCACUGGUCUGAGGAAGCUUUCUUGGAUGGAAGAAGACAGGAACAAGAACAUUACAUGAACCUUGUGAGGAUUUUAAAGUGGGGUGACUCUCCUAUCUGCUUAAGAGAUCUUCCAGCCCCAUUGAGGACAACAAUUGCUUACCUGCCACUGUAUAGGGAGUGUGUCAAGGCAGGUGGCUGUUUGUUGUCUCAGAGGCUGAGAGGGCAGCUUAUCGAAGCUGUGAGAACGCUUGGAGGCGGGAUCCUAGAAGGGGUGAGCCAGUGCAAAGAGCUCUUAGCUUUUCUGGAGCACCAUCUUCCUUCAUUUUUUCUUCAGCCGCCGAACAUUGUGUAG